AUGUUUUCGAGUCUAAUAUUUAAUACUGCAUUCAAAACAAUCAGUGCAGCCUAUUCGUGUGAUAGUGAAUCAACACUUGCCAAACCUGAAUUAUCAGAGUAUUUUGUUGUAACGCCUGUAUCGGACUCAUGUUCACUUAAUCAAACAACGGCAACACAAUUCGAUUCAUCGAUUAAAGAAGUAUGCAUUUUAAAUCACAUUAGUUGGCACAUGAUGAUCAAUAGCAGUAAGUAUACAGUAAAUGCAAGUAUACAACUAGAAAUCAAUAUCAAUAAAGCACCUGAAAAGCAAUUUACAGUUCAACCAUUCACAUCCCCCACAGGAAAUGUAAUAGUUGAUUCAAUUGAACAUUUGAUCAUUUUCAAUUACCUGAAUGAACUACCAAACAUUGGACUUAAUCACCAAUUGUAUGCAGCUGACACAACUUGGUGGAUUCUACACUAUAGUUGCUCCUUCAAAAUAACAUGCAGAUACUCAAUAACAAAAUCAACCGAAUACAUCAGGAUAGAUAAAAAUGAUCAGAGUAGAAGAUUGGUCAUUAACUAUCAGAACAAGCAACAGAUAGAAAGCAAGCUAAAGAAUGCAGCUAAAGAUUAUAUUGGUACCAUGUUCAGCAAUGGAAUUGAUAAAGAGUGA